AUGGCCCGCACUAAGCAGACCGCCCGCAAGUCCACUGGUGGCAAAGCCCCCCGCAAGCAGCUCGCUUCCAAGGCAGCUCGCAAGUCCGCACCAUCAACCGGUGGUGUCAAGAAGCCUCACCGCUACAAGCCCGGAACCGUCGCUCUCCGUGAGAUCCGUCGCUACCAGAAGUCGACUGAGCUCCUCAUCCGCAAGCUGCCCUUCCAGCGUCUUGUCCGUGAGAUCGCUCAGGACUUCAAGUCGGAUCUCCGCUUCCAGUCCUCUGCCAUCGGCGCUCUCCAGGAGUCCGUUGAGGCCUACCUCGUCUCGCUCUUCGAGGACACCAACCUCUGCGCCAUCCACGCCAAGCGUGUCACCAUCCAGAGCAAGGACAUCCAGCUCGCCCGCCGCCUCCGUGGUGAGCGUGGUUAA